UAUCAGUAUAGCAUAUGUGUAUUUCAGAUAUUUGUAACGUGACCCUGUGGCUCAACCGGGGGCAAACCGAAGUUCGAUUUCCGGAAAGUCGUAAGCCGAUAUCUUAUUUGUAGAUUAGUACGAUCCAUAAUGGCCGCGACCAGGUGUAAUGGUCCUGGCACUUUCUGCAAAUUGCUGUCGAGAAAAAGCUCAUUUAUACAAACAUUGUUGUACAGAUAUGCCAGCACAGAUAGUUUAAAAAUGGUUAAGCUUCAAAGUGACAAGUUGGAAGAGAGACGGACUCAAAUUAAAGUGAACAAACGAACAAAUAUAAAGCCUAACAAUGUCAAAUCAACAGAUUCAGAAGAUAUACAUGUAUAUAGAAAGGAUAGAAAAAUGGAAAAUAGGAAGAAAAACAAUGGACAGCAUGCACCGUCAUUCUGGAAAAUGAUUGAGAGGAGAUUGGUGGAGGCAAAGACACAUUAUGUAAUAACUAAAACAAAUCUACAAAAAUUGGACGCAGGGACCCUGAAAAGUUUAGAAGGAAUCCAUAUAACCAAACAAACUGUGAUAGUAAGAAGCCUGAAUGAAGAAGGUCACAGAUGGCUGGCUCAGCAAAAGAGGUUUACUGGGAAUUUAGACUUUGCAACAGGUCCACAAAAUGUUGUCGCUUACCUCAAGCAAUUUAGAGAUGUAUCGGUGAAUAAUCAGCUGCUGCAGUUCAACUAUAUACUGAGACAAAACAAGUCUCAUCAGAUCGCCUACUUUAUGGUUUACAAUGAGAUCCAGGAUGUAUUGAUGAAGAGUCUGCCUAAGCUUUCGGUCGGCAUACAUGGGUCAGCUGUCACUAACCUUGGAUGUAAGGGCAGUGAUUUAGAUAUUGUCAUAAACGUAUCUACCAAUAAGAGAAAAAUGUUUGAUCAGGUCAAGACAAAACUAGAGGAGGCUGAAUCACUUAAUAUUGGAUUUUGUGCUCCCCAUGCCAGAGUGCCGAUCAUCAAUGUUCAACACUGUCCCACAAAAAUAAGUUGUGACAUCUCCAUUGAGUCAUUUGCUCAAAGCAACAGUAAUCCCAUGGUUAACGCAGAGGUACUGUAUACCAUGAGUGUGUUAGAUGAUCGGUUCUGCUCCCUUGUGCGUAUCAUUAAAUACUGGGCUUCGUGUAGGGGUCUUUGUAAAGCUGGAGCAAACCCUUCACCACACGGUAUCACCUGGACAUUGCUCACACUUUUCUACUUUCAACAGAAAGGCAUUCUUCCUGCAGCAAGGAGACUGUAUUGUUAUCAAACAGCUGGGGCUCAGAAAACUAGAACAAGAGCCGUGCUGUCCUCCGAGAACAAUGCUCUAUGCCAACCUUUAGAUACACCGACAAUGAGGAGUAUAGAUGAUAUCUCAAAAGAUUUGAAGAAAAAUGAUGAAUUGCUGGUUGAUCUGCUGAAAGGAUUUUGUGAUUAUUACUUGGCGUUCGACUUCAGUAAAAGAAAGAUUUCCAUUUAUGAUGGCGUGUACUACCAAAGGACUUUAAGACAUCUUAGAGUUUCCGAUGGAGCAAUGGAGAUUCCACUUGAGUACAAAGAGUGUUACAACACAAAUGUGUCAAAAAAUGUGACCUCGGGUGUGAUAAACGUGAUGAAGAAAGAGUUGACAAAUUUACAUAAGGCCUUAAAUAACAACAAUCUUGGUUCUGUAUUGAAAGAAAGUGGAAGACAACUAUAAACAACAAGAACAGUUAGAUGGAAACAAAAUGUGCAUCGCUGCAAGACUUGAUCUUGUCUUGUGACAUUUUUCCUACAGAACCUAUAGACCAAGAAAAAAGAAUGAACUCUUUGGGAAGUGAGCUGUAUCAUGUUGUUUUAAUGCAUUAUCGUGGCUAUUGUUCAGGAUUGACAGAAUCAAACACUACCCGAAAUAUAGCCUUGAAUAUGCUUGUGAAACAGCCAUGAAAGAAAUCGGCUUUCAAAAAUAUUCCAUGAGCCAUGAAAAGUCUAUAAAAUUACUGUUAAAUCCAUGUGAAAUGUGUAACUGAAUCAACUUUUAAGUGAUGGGUGCUACCCAGCACUUUAAACAUGGCCAUUAACCUGCCUAUUUGAUGCCCAUUACAAACUGUUUGACUUCAUGGGUUCCCCAUUAAUCUUUCCAUCAAUCACACCCUUAUUAUUGCACAUUUUCAUGGCAUUUCAAUGGUCUAUAAAUGGCUUUGUGUUCAUGGCUUUUCAAGGUUAGUAAGUGGUAAAUUGUUUGGUAGUGGGAUAUCCAGAGAAAAAAAACCUUGUUAAUAAAGCACUUACAAUUUGAAAUAAAAAACAUUUUAAGCUUGCCAAUUCAAAGAACAGAAAACGUUUGCUCAUCACGAAGCAACUGAGAAUGGAGGCAAGAAUUUAUCCAUGUGCCAACAAUGAGAAAAUUAUUGGAAUAACAAACAAUGAAAAUGCUGUUUGAUAUCUAUUUACUACCACUAUUGUAGCUCACCGGUCUCUUUAAGUUGGCUUAAUCCCAUACAGUACCUUUCAUUCAACUUAUGAUAAAACCUUUGUGACCUCCAGCCACAAAGGUUCCCCUUUUUCUGUAGUUGCGGCUGUUUAUGAAUUUACUCAGAUUGAGAAAAAAAAGGUGGCCGCCUUAGGAUUUUGACAGUUCAAGAUUAAUAUCGACUUUUGUCAAGAUGUGCUUAACAGUUUUUUGUCAAAUUUUAUAUAAUGGUUCCCCUUUGCCUGUAGCUGUGCAUGUGCAUGGUUCAUUUUAGACUGAUAAAAAAACCAAGAUGGCUGCCUUGAAAAGCCAAUUUUUAUUUCGAUAGUUCAAGUAUGUUAUCGCUUUUCUUCAAGAAGCACACAACCUCUUUCUCAAAUUUCAUAUGUAGGUUCCUUUUGGUUUGAUGAUGUGCAUAUAUUUGUACGCCCCUCAAAAAGUUUGAUGGGAUGUAUUGGGGAGCACCAAUCCAUCCAUAAAUGGUCAUAUGUAGGCCCUGUUUGGUCUAUAGUUGUGCAUAAUUCAUUUUAAGACUGAUCAAAAAAGGAAAAUUGCUAUCAGUGCAGCCAUCGUCAGUAUUGACAGUUCAAGUUUGUUAUCACUAUUUCUCUAUAAGGCUGCCAGACAUAUCUUGUGUAGACUGGGACUGGGCUCUAGGUUUUUUGAUUUUGGUUUUUAGCUUGAAGUGGCUUUAUCAGAAGGAAAAUAUGGCAAUCAAACGGAAAUUUAUCUCUCCUUUUCAAUAUAUUUAACCCAUUACUAUUUUAGUUAAUAGGACCCAACUAGGAAAGGGUGCUGUCAAAUCCAGCAAUGUGAAUUUUUUAUCAGAAGCAACCACAAGAUGCAUUUACUGUUAAUAAGACUAUUAAUCUAAUAGAUAGGAGAAAAGACCAGUACUUAGUACUAAAGAACAUCUUACAAUGACGGCCUCCAAGAUCCCACUGGGAUAUCUUGUUAGAACACUGGCCUAUAUAUUGAAAAGUGAAACUGUUUUGAAUAUCAAAAAUAAAAAAAUAAAUUAUAUAAAGAA